AUGCCGAAUGUUCCUUCGGCAUUCUCUACCGAUUCUAGGAUCAUCUACGGUCCAUCAACUACCCACGCCAACUUUCGGCAUAGUGUGCCGAGCGACCAAUGGUCACAUCAAUCCAACUCUGACAAGUCGUCUCAGAACUCCUGCCAGAACCUGUCAGAGCACGUGUCGAUCUCCGAAGACUCUCCCACGAGUCCCACAUCGAAACUGAUGCUUCCACUGUCAAUAGAAUCGCUCUUAGUUACUAACUUUGGCAUCGGAGUGCCUUCGGCAGGUACCACACCGGUAUCCCCUCCUCAGUUCGGAUCCAGCCCCCGCUCGAACCUUCGGACAUCACGGAAGAAGGUCACCCCGGUCCUCAUCCAUCAGCAUACUUGGGCUACAAAUGGUCCAGAUGAACUAUACUGA